CCUUUUGAUGUACAGUGAAUAUUCAUAAGAAAACCCCGAAAACCAAUAACAAUAAGCAGCUUCAUAAAACUCUUAUAAUAUAACAAGCAAAAAUAAGGGUAUGUAAUAAUUUCUGGGUCAAUAAACACAAUUUACCAAAAAUUUUAUUGUUGAAUUACCUUGAAAAAUUUUAAAUUGCAAGCUGUAAACUCAUCUUAGACAUGGUACACUGUACACAACCAUAAUAAAAACAAUGGAAGAGAGCGUUUAUUGCACCUUUGAUAGGGAGCAGUAUAGUUUAUCUCUGGGGGCGCGAUGGUGAGCGGAUUCAACCGGCUGAUAAGCUGCAGCCGCUACAAGUUACUUUAAAAUACAUGGACUGCAAAUCGCAGCUGUCAGUACCAAACUGACUUCCAUUGGAAUUGAAUUAACAAGUCGAUCCAGAAUGCAUUUCGGAGUCUUAGGUAGUGGCAUUAUCGGUCUUACGACCGCCUUGGAACUUCAAAAGGAGUUUCCCACUGCGCGUGUUUCCAUCAUUGCGGAUCGUUUCAAUGAGGAUACGGUUAGCUAUGUGGCAGCUGGAAUCUUCCGACCGGGCACCAGUUUCAUGGGCCCCACCCAGGAAAUUACGCAACAAUGGAUGACGGAUGCCUUCAAUUACUGGGACGAUCUUCGCCGCUCUAAGGAGGCUCCUUUGGCGGGAGUGUGCCAGUUGUCCGGCUAUAUCUACUCCCGCACCUCGCCCUCCAUCGUACGGAACCAUUUUAUUGAGAAAUUGCUGCCUGUCUAUCGUCAAGCUACGGAGGAGGAACUGAAGCUAUGUCACGGUGGAUGGAAGUAUGGAUCCUUCUUCACCACCUGCCUCACUGAGAGCCGUCUUUUCCUGCCCUAUGCCACCAAAAAAUUCCUGGAGAACGGAGGUGAGGUGGUACGUCAGCAUGUGAAGAACUUCUUCGAGGUGCCUAAGAGCUUUGACAUACUGCUCAAUUGCACUGGAAUGGGAGCAAAAGAGUUGUGCAGUGAUCAACACCUCGUGCCCAUCCGAGGGCAGGUGCUCAAGGUGCGAGCUCCCUGGGUGAAGACAGCCUUCUAUGGCGACUACGACACUUAUGUCCUACCCGGAUUUGAAACAGUCACUUUGGGAGGAUGUCGCCAGUUCGACAGCUACAACACGGAGUGGUGCAAGUACGACAGCAUGGCUAUCCGGGAGAGGUGCUAUGAUCUUCUUCCCAGUCUCCGAAAGGCGGAGAUCGUCCGGGAAUGCGUUGGCUUACGUCCACAUCGGUCGGUGGUGCGGGUGGAACCGGAGUUGAUCACAAAUCCGGAGGGCAGGCGGCUGAAGAUCGUUCACAACUACGGACACGGUGGCUAUGGCGUGACUACUGCUCCGGGAACUGCAAAAUACGCAGUGAGCUUGGUGCGCGAUCUGCUUGCUGGUAACAGCAAACUAUAGGUAGUAAAUUGAUUGUUAAUUGUUGGUCAUUAAACUGUUUAUGCUCAGAAUCUA